AUGAGGGACCUCGCCGAUACCGUCUUGGCUGAGGCCACAAGCCGCAGCCAGAGUUUGAUCCAGCGACAUACACUUUCUCCCGGCACGAAUCAGACACUGUCCUUGUGGAGAGUACGCUGGAACCGCUUCGUAGUGGAUGUUCUCAAAAAGGAUAUCACCACAACUCCGGUCGGAGAAGACGUGGAAAAGUUCUUCUGGAUCAUUCAUCGCUUCAUGGACAGCAAGCGCGAGAAGAUUUCACUGAAUUACUACAAGCACGCCUUGACUGUGGUUUUGAAGAAUCUGGAGUUCACGUACCCAGACUUCACAUGGAGUAGUCAUCACGCUCUUCGUCUAGGAGAUGAAGCUAACCGACUUGUCAGGCGGUCGGACCGUAACCUGGUGCUCGUCUUCGAGGAAGCCAUAAACGAGGCUGCAACAAUGUGUCCACUACGCUGGAUACUGGUAUUGGCCCUGAGGGUGGGCCAGGUGAAGCAGCGAUCCUACGAAACCCUACAUGAAGCUUGUAAGAACUCUCUCGCUACGCCUCUCAAUGGAGAGAUUGUGUGGGAGAACCCGCAGUGGCCUCUCCUCGGAGCUUUUACAAUUGGUCUCAACCUCAUCCAGUUUGACAAGCCAGCCGGCGUGCAACAGAUUGGCACUACGUUGAGACAAGCAGCAGACUUGGUCGGAAUGGUGAUCCCGCCCGUCACACAUGACAUACGCCGUGGAGCUGCAGCAGAUUUAGCUGCAGCAAACCUAGACAGUCAAGCAUCGACAACGCACGUGGGACGCCGCUUAAACCAUACGACCUCUUCUCGAGACACUGCAUUGACAGAUCACUACAUUGGCCCCCGACUUGUUGACGACCUGAAGCCCCGCCUUCAGGCCUUGGACAACAGUAACAUUCUGGACUUCGGCCCGAGGUUGGCCCAAGAGCCCUACACGCCCAUGGGCAAGCUUCGUCCCGAGCCGGUCAAUGAGGCUUGUGUUCACUACAAUCUGGAUCCUACGAUUUUGUCCGAACGAUACGCAGCUGCGAAGCGGAUGCGUGAGCAACAUCGAACAGACUGGGUGGAAGGACAGACAGGUCACCGCCCGGCCCCUGUCAUUGAAGCAGAAUCAGAAGGCCUCAAUGAGUAUGAGUUUGAGGAUCGAGACACAGAAGCCUUCGGGGCAAAUCUCAUUGACACUGACUGCGAUCUUCUGGAUGAAGAUGACGCUUUCGAGGUUCUUGAUCACACAGCUAUCGAGGAUUCUGAGCAGGAGUCCACUACGAACCUGUCGGAGGUUCCCUUCGACGGCAAAGUGUCCGAUUUUGAAGUCUGUCCCGGUACCAGGACCAAGGCAAGGCUUUUCAGAAGCAAAGAGGGUUUAAUCAAGCACUAUCGUAAUGUCCACAAGAUGACGAAGGCAGCGGCCGAAGCGGCCUACAAGUCAUACAUCAUUUCGAAGAGCACGACCAAAUAG